AUGCCGUGGAAAGCGACUACUGCCGCCGGGUCAAGGCCUCGUGCCGGCCACAAGUCGAUCCGCGGCCAGAUCUCCGCCCCGAUUCGAAUGCCGGACCGUGAUGACGACGAGUUCCCGAUGCGGGAGCCUGCACAGCCUGGCGCCUUGAUGGCACUCCCUUUGGUGCCCAACACCAACAAUAUUGACAUCUUCGCCGUCUCCAAGGAGCCGACGAAUGACGGUCCUCGGCAACAUGAAAACCCCACGAGUCUCCGACAUGCCGAAAUCGUGGAGUUGAACCACUACGGCGGCGACGUUCGUCCCGCAGGCGCCUCCAACACUCCCUCUGCUUCUGCGCACCGAGAAUCUAGCGGCAUAUUGACGCAAUCGGCGCGAGGGUCCGGUCAUAUGACAACGACCAUUUAUUCGGGAUCGUCAAGGGGAUCACCCCAGCGGAAGAGGUCUACAUUCAAAUCGGCCCUGAGCAAGAUUUUUGGGCGAAAGAAGAGGAAGCAUGACGACUCGGACACAGCAGCUCCAUCUUCCUCACGCACCCCUGGCAAGCCAUCGCACCAGCAUCACCAGAGUGAUCUCACGGGCGGUAAUCGCCCUCUCAAGAAGGUGCAGCCGAAACGGUCUGCUUCCCUCCCCAUUACCGAAUAUGAUCGGGCGCUGCGGUCUCAUUCCAUAGGCCCCGACGAUGUCAUGGCCAUUCAAAGUGCGCGCAACUCCCUCAAUACGAGCGCGAAAUUGGCGGGCAACGCGUUCAGGGACGUGGACGCGGCUCCAACCCGGCCUGCUGGCCCACGCUGGACCGAGGGAAGAAAGUUUACAGGCCUCUCCCCUCGCCCGGCGAGCUCCCAGGACCGAGCCACGCGUCUGGCAGACUUUAGUGAUGAUCCAAACGAGAUUGGCCGUGCCAUUACGAGCGACGGGCGCGGUUUGAGGAGACGUUCACGGAGUUUGUCCGCAUUUCCCGGGCCCGACCACCCCGCCCAUAGCCAUGUCAGGCGACGUAGCGACGAGAUCAGGCACUGGAGGGAAAGUUAUGACCCGCCCAUGUUGUCUCCGACUUCCUUGAUAAGUGCUGCCGAGUCCGAAGAUAUUGGGGUAUUGACCGGCGAUGAGCCCGAGACGAUUGUCGAAGAGCAGCCUCGGACGCCUAUUCAGCCAUUCACAUUCGGCGAUGUCAACGCAAUGAAGGACGUCGCUGGACUCAAAAUCACAGAAGUGGCAAGCCUGAGCUCAAGGGUGGGAGACCUUGAGUCCCAAAUGAGCCACCUGGAGCAGGCGGUGACACAUUUGAGAAAGGCAAAUUCUGGAUUUUACGCUCACGCCGACACCUCUCGCAGUACAACCAGAGAGGUUUCUGCGGCGUCGUUGUCCUACACGGGACAUACUGCUGUCCAUGACAAUGAUCGCAAAAGUUUUACUCGCCCCUCUACACGCCACUCCGACGCCUCGAAAAUGACCUUUGGCGAUGGCCAGUAUCCUCUCGAGGCUGCACCGACUGCAAGCCUUGCCAUACCCCUCCCCAACAACAACAGGCCAACGUCCAUGUCGACCAUCAGAGGUACAGCCAGCAUGCCAUCCAUGACAAAGGAGACCGUUAGCAGCAUUGGCAUAGAUCAUUAUAUGACGGUGAUGGCUCUACUGGAGACAGAGAGGUCUGCGCGAGAAGCGCUGGAGCUCCAGGUCAAAAAGCUCAGCCACCAGCUCAAUAUAAUGAUCAGGAUGCAGCGUGAUGCCCGCGGCUCACAAAGCGACGCGCCCUCUGCAGACCAGUCUCUGGGAGAGAUGUCGGUGUUUGAGCACGACGACGAUGACGAAGACACGUACGGAAGCCACGGAGCAGGAGGAGCCCUGGGACUACGUCUGGGAGACUCUGGCUUCGCCGCUGGCAUCCGCGACGACGACGAGUACACGGAAUCCUUUGCAACGCCCAAUGAAGACAGCAGAGACUAUAACACUUUCGAGGACGAGCAAGAUCUGGGCCUGAAGACAGCUGCACGGGCGCUGUCUCUCUCACGGCUGACGUUAGCAACGGCCCCGUCGGCGACGCUGAACCAGAUCCCGCCACAGGCUAUAUGA